CCGAGUAGCUGAUUUUGCAAGCCGUCGUAAAAAAUUUCAACAAGAAGAAAGCCAAAACUUAGAGGCGGAGAUGAAUCCUGACCAAUGAGAUUCGCGCGGGUUAGAUUCAAAACCAAAAUGGCGACAGAAAGAGGAGUUGCGUUACUUGAACGAACAGACCCUGUUCUGCUGAAAACAUGCGAUUCCACCGAGGUUCAAGACGCUGGCGAGGGAAAGGUUAUGACAGCUUAUUUAAUGGACUGCAGGCGGAAACAGAAGAUCAUGUGCCAGCAGUAUGGUGUGAUGGAUGAUAUGUUGAAGCUUCUUGCCUUUCUGGAGUCCGCAGAGCAGUUCCUGAAUGAACCCUGUCCACCUAAACCUGACACUGAGGCCAGCACUCAUUGGAAGGCUUUAAAGGCAGAGUGGCUUGAGCAAGUCCAGGAAGUGGAUGGGUUGAUAAGCACGCUGGUGGAGCACAUGGAAGAGCUACUUAAAAAACGGCAACGGCUUGAGGCUCUUCUGGUAUCCCUGGAAAAAAAAAAAGAGGAGUGGGAGGAACAGGAGAGAGUUGCACUACAGUCAAAGAAAAGAGCUGAAAAACAGAUGCAUCUGCAACUAGACGAUUCCCUGCAGAAAGCUCAGGAUGCCUUGCGUGUUUGUGACAGGCGGCUUUGUGAAAGCAAAAAUCAAGUAAACAAACAGUUAGCAAACGUGGCUAGUAACGCAAUGACAGCAUUUAGAGACAGGUUGCAGGCUGCCCUGAAAGUCACUCAGGCUAAUAUGCAGUAUAGGUUGUUGUCUGCAAACCCCUCUGAGCUGCGUCUAGAGCUUCUGCCCCGCAUCACCCAACAGUCCCUGCAGCCUCUGCAUCUGUCUGUUACCAUGACAACAGAAAACCACUUCCGCCUGCAGGUGUUUCAGGGCACUGCAGGCCUUAUAGAGGAGUCAGUGAAAGGGACUGUAAGAGAGCUGAGUGCUGCACCGUUGGAAGUGAUGGAGUGCUACAUUAGUCAAGGAAAGAUGCUUGCUGAAAUCCAGGCUCUGCAUUCCAGGUUUGCAAUCGACUGGUGUCCAGCAAAGCGCCUGCUGACCUUUCUCAAGUCUGCCACCACAGUGUGCCAGCUGGAGCUGGACGAGGGCUACCCAUUAAGUGGCCAUGCCAAACUGCUUGCUGUGCGCAAAGAUGGCAACCUUCUCGACCUAUCUACUCUGCAGCCCCGUGCGAUGAAUCCUACUCUGACAGAUUGGCUUGAGUUUCUUUCCUCAUGUCCACAUUUCUAAACACUGCCUGCAGCAUCAUGCCAAGUCAGGUGGAAUUUGCUCAGUACAAAAACCUUUACUAUUGCUUCAUCUCAACUGUAUUCAUAUGUCAAAGUAGUCUGGUUUCAAGUGGAAAUGUAUACACACUUAAUACACCUAACACACUUAAUUUUGAGCAUCAACAUGUACAUAAAAUGUCUUUUCUAUGUUUGUUUUGUUCUGUGUAUUUUAUUUUCCUUUCUUCAUAUACAAAACUCUUGUAGGAUUUACUUACAUUGUGUGUUUUUUUUUCUAUAAUAAAUCGAAUAUCUCACAGUA